AUGAUCGAUACUUUCAAUCAAACAAAAGGCGACGAUGCUGAAAAGCUUCUAGCUGUUUGUGAUUUGGUGAGCCGCCUAACGAGAGGUCAUGUAGAGAUAUUCCUUUACCGUUAUUGCUUGCCAAUACAAAUCCUUCUCGGAAUCUUGGGCAACACUUUCAGCAUCACAGUGCUCUUGUCACCGAAAAUCAAAUCACGGGUCACCGUGUUCUUGGCCGCAAUCUGUUGUGUGGAUGUCAGUCUUCUUGCUGUCCAUUUCUUCGAUGUGCUCACCAUCUAUCCGACUUUCUAUAGAAGUAAAGCAUUUCGGGAAUUCUAUUACAACACUUACGUUUUUAUUCACUCGUUUUCAAACAUUUGUGCCUCCUCAGCAACAUGGCUUUUAUUGGGCGUUUCGUUUGAAAGAUUCACUUCAUUUCGAUCGAGAACUGCCCGCUUAUCGUUAAGCAUUCGGCAAGCCUUCUCUCUUGUAGCUGUCAUUUGCCUGGGUGCCAGCGCUAUUUCGUUCUAUCAAUUCUUUGCUCACAGCUAUCGACCAUUCGAUGAUUCGGUGGCUUCUAGUUGGUCGUGGAUGGAAAAAUGCUAUGACGGGCUAGUCUAUAAACGAAUCCAAGCAAACCGAGCCACUUAUAUUCUUAUUUGGAAGAUCGUUGCCAUUUUUGCAGUUGGUUUUAUACCAUCCAUCUUAAUGAUCAUUCUCGACGUGGCACUUGUUCGACAAUUGAGAACAAUCACUACCUCUGAUCACAUCAAUCGAUUGAUUAAUUCAGAGCAAGAAACCCAUUCUACCAGAUUUCCAAAUAGAAAUCAAUGUGAUCGGGGACGAGAAGAGACCACUGUUGUCACAGCAUUUCUUUCUUGGUUCCUCAUCACAAAUUUGCCAUCAGAGGUGUUAUUUCUUUGGGACAUCAUGCAACCAUUUCAAUUUGAGUUCAAAUUGUUUGAGUUAAUGUUGCCACGUCUUGAGAUUCGUUACAUUUCUGGAAACAUUGUCAACUCAUUUCUGCUCUGGGGAAAGGCUUCAAACUUCGCUGUAUUCUUCAUCGCAUCUAAAACUUUUCGGCAUCAAUUCUAUGAAAUGGUACAAGGCUUUUGUGUAAAAUGGGCGUUUAUGACUUCUCGAAAGAAAGUACUGAUCAACGAAAAUCAUAUCGAAUUCAGAACUUAU